AUGUCAGAGAAGGACCUGGAGAUCACUCUGGCGUUCCGCUGUGAUCAGUACACCCUGAAGCAGAGGCUGCGGCAGGAACACGCCCGAAACCUGACUCUGAAGGCCCUGUGUCUGGACAGUAAGCGCAGUAAAUCCUGCAGAAGCUGGAGCUGUCUCUGGACAUCCUCGGAGGAACCGUUGAACGGAUCUCCAACACAGCGGAGGUGCUCGGAGCUGUGCAUCAGCUUCCACCUGUACACCUCAGGGUCUGUUUCCUCCAAAACACCUGCUGAAUCAUCACCUCUUUCCAUCGCUGUGUACUUCCUGUGGACAGGAGGCUCGAGUCAGCCGGGCCGUGGAGCUCAUGGUGUCUCACGUGGAGAUCUGAGGAAGAGAUAUGACAAGAACUUGACAGAGCUGAAGGAGGCCAGGAGGAUGAUCCAGCAGCAGAAGUCCUCCAGAAACAUCAUCUAUACCAGAGCGUCACCAGAGACAGAGGAGAGCAGCGACAGUAUGAACAGCUCAAAGCAGAGCAGCCUUCGUCGCAGGGUUAGUAUAUCAGUCAUCACCAACCAGACACAGAUGCCUUCCUCUUCCUCCUCUGCUCCGGAAAAGAAAAAGCGAGACUCAAAGAAGAAGACCAGUGGAGGAUCAUCAUCCUCCAGUAAGAAGUCCUCCACCUGCCCAUCUCCAACCCACAGCUCCGAGUCCAGCUGCUCCACUAUGACUAAGGACGACAGCUGCUCCGUGGACGACAGGCCACUUGUUGAUCCAAUUGAGACACCGUCUGAAGCUCCGCCCCCUCCACCUCCUCUGGAUCCAGCUCCUAUUCCAAAACCAGAGUGCCCACCUUUGAAGCAAGUGGCCUCCAGAGACGCUCAGAACACAAACUCCCCGAUGGACACUUUACGACAGAGACAUAGAAGCAAAGCCACGCUGUCCAAGAAAAAGGCAGAAAGAGAAAAAAAGAAUCCAAACAUUUACCGGCAACUUUCUGCAGGAACGUCUGGAUCCCUGUGGAAACGUCCUGUGACUCAGUGGCUGUAUCGCUGUCGCUGGGCGCUGCUCGGCGUCUACCUCCUCGUGCUGCUCGCUGUCAUAACACUGACCUACUUGUGGAAGCUUAAUGAUGCUGCCCCUGAGUCAUGA